AUGAUGGAGGUUUCUGUUCCUCUUGAAGACGACCACCGAGUUACGUUCCCGCCGAAGCUCUGGUGGGAAUUGGAUUUUACCAAAAUGGGCAACCUUUCUCCGUACCUUGUGAUCCGUGUAUAUAAAAUCUCUAACUGGAUUGACAAGAAAGUAGGUUAUAUACAUAAUCUGAGAGAAUCUCAGGCUCUGGUGACAACCAUGGAAGAGCUCAAGGCUAAGCGUGAUGAUUUGUCAAGAAGGGUCACAAGAGAGGAGGAGGAUAGACGUCAGCAAAGGCUUGCCGAAAUCGAGAGUUUAAGAUCCAGUUAUCGUUACGGGAAAAAGGUUUUCUUGACGUUGAAGGAGGUUGAGGAACUCCGUAGUAUAGUUUUUCAAAAGGUUACUGAUCAAGCUGAGUCAGCUGUGAUAGAGGAAAUACAACCUCAACAGAUAAUUGUUGGUCAAGAAGCAAUGCUCAAAGAAGGCAUGGAAACAUCUCAAGGAAGAUAG